GUACUGUCACCAGAUCAGACUCACCUGCACCGCACACCUCAUACUGGGGCUGAGUGUCCCUGUACUGUCACCAGGUCAGACCCACCUGCACCGCACACCUCAUACUGGGGCCCAUUGUUGCUGUACUGUCACCAGGUCAGACCCACCUGCACCGCACACCUCAUACUGGGGCCCAUUGUUGCUGUACUGUCACCAGGUCAGACCACCAACACUGCACACUCCAUGGGACAGUGUAUCUGUAAUGUCACCUGGUCA